AUGCCAUUAAAUCGCACUCCCCCUCACAGCUCGGACGCGAACCAUUCAUCAACCAAACAGCCAACAGAUGGCGCUUCUCGUCAAGGGGAUAUUAACCCAUAUGCAACCAAUAAGGUUAUGAUUGUGACAAAUGAAAACCAAAAGCAACGCUCCUCUUCUAUGAGUUCAAUAAAUCCGAAUGAAACGAAUAUCACAAAUUCUACGUCAAAUGAUAAGAAUUGGACCCUAGUCAAAAAUCCAAAAAGGCCUUUAGUUAGCCCGCAAAAUAUAAGCAAAGCAAAGCAACAAAAAGUUAGCUAUUGGCUAAGUAAUGAAAACAAAUUCGAUGCGCUUUCAAUGGAUGAUAACAACGAAUUAAAAGCAGAUAAAAUACCUGAAAAGGAAAAACCUCUCAAACCUCCUCCAAUCUUCGUGGACAGAGUCGAGAAUAUUCACCCGUUAUUAGACACGCUCAACGAAUUUGAUAGUUAUAACUACGAAUUAAGAGUCAUUGGGUCAAAUCGUGUAAAAAUCCAGCCAAAAACACCCGAAGCAUUCACUAACUUAGUUAAAUUGCUUGAAAGAAAGAAGACAGAGUUUUACACAUACAAACCAAAAAAUGAAAGAAGUUUUAAAGUUAUUUUAAGAAAUAUGCAUCCGUCAGUUGAACCUGAAGAAAUCAAACUAGCAUUAAAGGAGUAUGGUCACUCUGUCACAAAUGUUUGGAAUAUGAAACACUCUCAAAACAAAAGAGCACUUCCAAUGUUUGUCGUAGAAAUGGUGCAAAAUCCUAACAAUAAAUCAAUCUAUGAUAUUAGAAACUUACUCCACAGUCGCAUUACUUUUGAACCCCCUGGCCAAAACGCGACCUGCCACAGUGUUCGCGAUGCCAAAACUAUGGCCAUACAAAAUCUGGUUGUCGAAGACAGGCCAAAUGCGUUAAGUGCGCAGGCGAUCAUUUAA